CCGCCUCGCUGCCGGCAGCUGUGAUAGUGGGAAACGAACGCACCUCCCAGGAUUACGUGAACGAGCAGGAAGUUUGGAAGCAGGAAAAAUAAUUUCUCGCAGCGGGGAAGGACAAGAGUUUUCCUGGAAAUGAGCCGAAUCUAUCACGACGCGUGUUUGCAGAACAAACCGGUACACAGCGAGCGGCUGGACCGGGAGUGGUCGCCCUCGGAGUACGACAGCGGUCCAGGAGUUCUGCUGGAAGGAAAGCUUCUGGACGUGUCCAGACAUUCACUCAGCGACACCAAAGGUCAAAAGUUCCGCUUCUACGCGCUGUUCAUCAAACCCAGCCGCAUACAUCAGAGGCAGUUUGAUGCCAGCGGGGCGGAGGUGGAGCCCAACUUCAGCGACACCAGGAAGGUCAACACGGGUUUCCUCAUGUCGUCCUACAAGGUCGAGGCGAAAGGGGAGUCGGACCGCAUUACUGAGGAGCAGCUUUCAGCCAUGGUGAACAAAACGGAGCUGCUUAAGAUAACCGACAAGCACCGACCUGCUGGGACCUGGGCUUUCUGGUACCCGGAGUCAGAGGUGGACAGAACGGAGCUGGAGACGGGGCAGGAAGUGCGGCUGAAGACCAGAGGGAACAGUCCCUUCAUAUUCUCUUUGGCCAAAGUGGACGGUGGGACGGUGACCAAGUGUAACUUUGCUGGAGAUGAGAAGGCUGGAGCCUCGUGGACGGACAAGAUUAUGGCCAACAAGGCAAACGCCAGCGUCUCUCAGAAACCUGGAGGAGGAGGAGGAGGAGGAGGAGGAGGAGGAGGAGGAGAGGGAGCAGAGGAGGAUGAAUGGGAUGACUGAGGAAGCCAUGUCUCCCAUCAGCUUGAACUCCCGGUGCUGAUCCAGUCUCCAGGCUGGACGAAUGGACAUUAAACGCUCUUAUGUGACUGUGGGACCUGAAACAUUGUCCCCUCUGCAGAAUGGGACUGGCCUGGUUGCAUCUUCGAGACGGUGCUCUUCUCGUCCUGGGAUCUCUAAUUGAGACCCUGACACAGACAGAUCCUGCUUUUAAUUGCUGUAACAAUAGUAUAUCAGUUAAUUCUUAAUUCAUGUACUGGCAUCAUAUUUAGAGCUUUUUUUCCACACUUACAUGUUUCCUGAUAUAAAGCUUUAUAUUUUUCACAAUGA